GUACUUUUCUCUUACUCCGAGGUGACUGCCGUAGAAAUCUGCGGAAGCAGGGAGGUCAAUUUCGUUUCGCGCUUCGGGCGAACCUGUACAGGGCAUCUCCCUCCCUUUUUUUCCUCCCUGUGUUUCGAAUUGGAACACCAAGACCGAACAUGGAGCCAAUCCAAAUCCCAUAUAGGACCCUUUAAUUGCCCCAAAGUUCACUCAUUAAUUUAUUAACAAUUAGUUAUUAGGCCCUGCCUACCCACUUGCCUUUUUUUCGUAUCGGACUCCCGCAUGCCCAGAUCCCCCCCCUCCCAUUCUCCCGCAGCUCGUUCUCUCCGUUCUCCAUACUCGUGAGAAAAUUCCCGGAUUUUCCCGAUAAUUUUUCUUGCGAUUCGUUUUUGCUGUCAUUCUGAAGAUUGGGUUCCCUCAUUUUUCUGAUUUUCCUCCUCCCAUACGGUGGGUUGGGGGGGGGGGGGGUAACAUCGCCGUUAUCGGUUGAAUGUCGGCGGUCGUCUGAUCAAUUGGCUUCGGCUAGGGUUUUGAUUUGGAAUCUAGGGUUUGUGUUUGGGGUUCUCGGUGUUCUGGUUGUCGAGAGAACGAGAACUGGCUCGGAAUUGACGUUGAAUUUCUGGGUUAUUGGAUUUUUUUGAAUUCUGUUUGCUUGUUCGCGGUUGUAUUGGAAUUAGGGUUUUGAUGGUUGGUUUUAAUCGCCAGAGAAGAUGAUAUUCAAGCGGACGUUGAAAAUCGAAAAGCCCAAUAUGAAAUGGUGCAGAAUCGAAAAACUGAACAGCGAGGAUGAUGAGUGCCCGGUGACUCUGAAGAAGCAGAGAACUAAUGGGUAUUACUCGGUUGGCGUGCACGGCGUGGUUGAAGAUUAUAGUGGGGUUGGGCUUUCUUGCUGCACUGAAGGUUCGUACAGCGAAGUGGAGUCGAAUUUGAUUGGUAAGACAGGGAAGAAACGGGGCUCUGAGGAGCUUCGCCCUCCGUUAUUAAGGUCAUCGCGAGGGCGUCGUCAGGUACUUCCGUCUCGAUUCAAUGACUCGGUCAUUGACUCAUGGAAGAAAGAAAUAUCAAAUCCUGGUGGUAAGCCUGAUGGUUUUGAAUCAGGCUUUGAAGACGAAGGUAUCGCAGUUCAUCUUACUGAGAGAAUGCGUGAGGGUGAUAAAUUUAGCUUUGGGAGCGCUAAGUCGCAUUCAUUUUGUGAAAAGGUGGAACAAAGAGACAUGAAUUUUGUGAGAUUUAGCAAUUCUGAGUCUAAGAAGUAUUCAAGUUCGCGGAGUUCAUUAACAUCGACGGAUAAUGGGAGCUCACCUGUGGUAGAAACUGCAGAAUGCACGCCAAGUUCCUGUUUUGCUGUUUUAGAGAAAGGGACAAAGGAGAAGGCAGAAAAAAGGAAAGAUUUUUAUGGGCCAGAGGAGUUUGUUGUGGGUGAUAUAGUGUGGGCAAAAUCAGGGAAGAGAUACCCAGCGUGGCCGGCUGUCGUGAUUGAUCCCAUGCUGCAAGCCCCUGAUACAGUUCUGAGUUCUUGUGUUCCUGGUGCCAUCUGUGUGAUGUUUUUUGGGUAUUCGAAAAACGGGAAGCAAAGGGACUAUGCAUGGGUGAAACAUGGAAUGAUUUUUCCCUUCCUAGAUUACAUGGACAGAUUCCAGGGGCAGACCCAGUUGCACAAGAGCAAACCAAGUGAUUUUCGAAUGGCCAUAGAGGAGGGGUUUUUGGCAGAACAUGGUUUUAUAGACUUCAAUCAUGGAACUGGGUUGACUAAUGACGAGGCAGGUGCCACUGGAAUCCAGGAAGCUACUGGUUCAAAUCAGGAUCAGGAAUGUUACUCUCAGAACCUGGAUGCAUGUCGUAAGGACACAUUGCCCUGUGAUGGAUGUGGCCUGAUUCUCCUAUGCAAAAUUAUGAAGAAAAUGAAGGGCUUGAGUAAUGGAGUGCAGCUUUUGUGUAAACAUUGUGCAAAGUUACAAAAAUCAAGACAAUAUUGUGGCAUAUGCAAAAGGAUUUGGCAUCAUUCAGAUGGUGGUAGUUGGGUUUGUUGUGAUGGGUGCGAUGUUUGGGUGCAUGCUGAGUGUGCCAAAAUUUCCAGCAAUCUUUUCAAGGAUCUUGAGGACACAGAUUAUUACUGCCCUGAUUGCAAACCCAAGUUUACUUAUGAGUCAUCAGACAUGGAAAAGCAGCCAAAAAAGUCAAUGAAAAGCCAUGGACAGGCUGGGUUUCCUGACGAGCUAAAUGUUGUUUGCAAUGGCAUGGAAGGAACUUACUUUCGAAGCCUUCAUUUAGUUGUAUGCAAAUGUGGUUUGUGCGGGACAAGGAAGCAAACACUUAGUGAAUGGGAAAAGCACACAGGUUCGAGGGCGAAAAAAUGGAAGGCUAGUGUUAAAGUGAAGGAUUCAAAGCUAACACUUGAAAAUUGGAUUGCAGAACAUGGUGCAAGUGGUUUUACUCCUCUGAAGUUAGAUAAGCAGCAGGUGUUUGAUCUUUUGCGAGAGAAAUAUGAACCUGUUUAUGUAAAGUGGACAACGGAGCGAUGUGCUAUUUGUAGAUGGGUUGAAGAUUGGGAUUACAACAAAAUUAUUAUAUGCAACAGAUGUCAAAUUGCUGUCCAUCAAGAAUGUUAUGGAGCAAGAAAUCUUCGAGAUUUUACAUCUUGGGUUUGCAGAGCAUGUGAAACACCUGAUAUUGAGAGGGAGUGUUGCCUUUGUCCUAUAAAAGGGGGUGCUCUAAAGCCAACCGAUGUUGAGACACUCUGGGUGCACGUCACUUGUGCUUGGUUUCGGCCCGAAGUUGGGUUCUUAAAUGACGAGAAAAUGGAGCCUGCUGUUGGGAUCCUUAGAAUACCAUCAAUUUCUUUUUCAAAGAUUUGUGUAAUUUGUAGGCAGACUCAUGGCUCCUGCACUCAGUGUUGCAAGUGUGCUACUUAUUUUCAUGCGAUGUGUGCAUCAAGAGCAGGAUAUCAGAUGGAAUUGCAGAUCUCGGAGAAGAAUGGAAAACAAAUAACCAAAAUGGUUUCAUAUUGUGCUGCUCACAGGGUCCCAAACCCAGAUACUGUUUUAGUUGUACAGACACCCUCAGGAAUAUUUUCAACUCGAAACUUGCUCCAAAACCAGAAGAAUGGACAGAGCUUCCGAGGAUCAAGGCUCAUAUCAUCUACGAGAACUCAAUUGCCUGAAUCGUCAAUUGCAGAGAAUAAAGAGGUGGAGCCAUUCUCCGCUGCAAGGGGGCGUGUCUAUAAAAGGCCAAAUGAUAAAAGGGCUGGAGAUGACCCAAUUUUUCACCGAGUGAUGGGGCCUAGCCAUCAUUCUCUUGAUGCAAUUGAUAGUUUGAGCUCAUAUAAAGAAGUAGAUGAGCCAAAGGCUUUUUUGACAUUUAAGGAGAGACUUUUUCACUUGCAGAGAACUGAAUAUCAUCGGGUUUGUUUUGGUAAAUCUGGAAUACAUGGAUGGGGCCUCUUUGCUCGUCGACAAAUUCUGGAAGGAGAAAUGGUUAUUGAGUACCGUGGUGAGCAGGUGAGGUGCAGCGUAGCUGAUCUGAGGGAGGCACGCUAUCAAUUAGAAGGGAAAGAUUGCUAUCUUUUUAAGAUCAGUGAGGAAGUAGUGAUAGAUGCCACAAAUAAAGGGAAUAUUGCACGCUUAAUUAACCAUUCGUGCACGCCCAACUGCUAUGCACGGAUCAUGAGUGUGGGCGAUGAAGAGAGCCGCAUCGUUCUUAUUGCUAAGACUAAUGUUUCUGCUGGUGAUGAGUUGACGUAUGAUUACUUGUUUGAUCCCGAUGAGCGGGAUGAAUCUAAAGUUCCCUGCCUCUGUGGAGCUCCAAACUGCCGCAAAUUUAUGAAUUAGGAUUACAGUUGAUAUUGCCAUUGUUUCUCCCGGCAGAGCCAGUUUGUCUCCGAAUAAAUGAGAUGGAGUGGCCUUUUCUUUUCCAUAGAGGAAUUUUUUUUUUCCUGUAAGAAAGGAAUGAAUUACAUAAUAUAUAUUCCUCACACCAUCUGUUAUCUGAUCUUUUAGUUACAUAAUUUUUUUAAUUACAUGAAAUGUAAAUUUACCGGCUACCCUGCGCUCCCCUCUUAUCAUUUUUUGUAAAUGAAUCCAUAUCAUUUAUAUAGUUAAAUUGUUACUAUUCA